AUGGCCCAGGCGAUUGUCGUGGGCGGUGGCCUGGCGGGUGUCUCCGCGGCCAACACCGUGCUGGAGUGCGGCGGGAAGGUGGUCUUGGUGGACAAGUCGGCGUUCUGCGGUGGCAAUUCUACCAAGGCCACGAGCGGCAUCAACGGCGCAGAGACGCAGACGCAGAAGGCCAAGAAGGUGGAGGACUCUGUGCAGCUCUUCACCUCCGACACCCUGAAGGGUGGAGCCAAGAAGCCUGAGCUGGUGAAGGUGCUGUGUGGCAACAGCGGGCCUGAUGUGGACUGGCUGGUGGACAAGUUUGAUUUGGACAUGUCCCUGCUGGCACGCUUGGGCGGCCACUCGGCACCUCGCACCCAUCGUGGUAAGGAGCGCUUCCCAGGAAUGACUAUCACCUACGCCUUGAUCCAGAUGGUCGAGAAGAUUUCGGAGCGCAGCGAUCUGGCCCGUAUCAUCAACAAGGCCAAGGUGAAGCAGCUUUUGACCAAGGGCGAUGCCGUGUGUGGCGUCACCUACGAGAAGAAAGGCAAGGACUUCACAGAGGAAGGCCCUGUGAUCCUCGCGACUGGCGGCUUUGGUGCAGACUUCACCGAGGACUCCCUUUUGGCCAAGUACCGCCCUGACCUGCUGCACCUGCCCACCACCAACGGCGACCACACCACAGGUGAUGGCAUCAAGAUGGGCGAGGCCAUUGGAGCCAAGAGCAUCGACUUGGAGUGGGUGCAGGUCCAUCCAACGGGCCUCGUGGAGCCGGAUGAUCCGGAGGCGAAGAUCAAGUUCCUCGCUGCUGAAGCGCUCCGUGGUGUGGGUGGCCUGGUGAUCAACGCCGAUGGCCAGCGCUUCUGCAACGAGCUGGGCCGUCGCGACUAUGUGACGGGCGAGAUGUGGAAGUCGAAGCCGCCCUACCGCCUGAUCCUCAACAAGGCAGCCUCUGACGAGAUCAUUUGGCACUGCAAGCACUACACCGGCCGUGGCGUGAUGAAGUUCUACCAGUCGGGUGAGGAGCUGUGCAAAGACAUGAACAUCUCAGUGAGCACCUUGGAGAAGACUCACCAGGUGCACUUCGAGGCGGCCAAGAAGCAGGAGAAGGACCCUGAGGGCGGCCCUUACCCGGCCUACCCUUCGGGGAAGACCUGGGAUGAGCCCAGUGGCAAGACCGGCGUGGGCAAGAAGUUCUUCCACAACAUCCUCGAGGGAUCCAAGGUGAAGUCUGAGCCUUUUUACUCCGCAAUCAUCACCCCUGUGAUCCACUACUGCAUGGGAGGACUGGAGAUCGAUGAGAACUCUGCCGUGGUGGGCAAAUCCGGCAAGGCCAUUCCAGGUCUCUACGCAGCGGGCGAGGUGGCUGGUGGGGUGCAUGGCAACAACCGCUUGGGCGGAAACUCCUUGCUGGACUGCGUGGUCUUUGGCCGUGUGGCCGGACGGCACUGCGCCAAGUACAUGCUGGGAGACAAGUUCAAGAGCAUGGAUCUCAAGGAACUCUCUGGUGGCGGUUUGGCGGCUGACAAGGCUAUGGCUGCCUUUGUCGACGAGGCCAUGAAGGAGUAUGGCGGCCCCUUUGCCUGUCGCAGACCUUCUGAGAUGCUGUCGCCCAAGCAGGUGAUCAAGAAGAUUUCCGGGUCCCCGCUGGCCGGAAGGCAAAGUGAGAAUCAUGGCAUAGAACAAGACGAGGGGCAUGAGUGGUGCUACCUCGCAGCGGGAAUUCCCAUUGCUUUCUCUCUCAAGCCCAUGCUGUCCGAUACAAUCUUGCCAGCGCUGUACCCUCUCUUUGUAUGCUAUGGAGUCUUGUGCCUUGGAUGGCCUGGUGUGGGUGAAAUCCCGGCAUUGAUUGCUAUGCUGUUGGUAAUGGGUCGGUUUCACAUACACCGGUUGCAAGAAGAAGGUGUUCCUGGAAGGCGGCGGGCUAAAUCUCUAGACAGUUUCAGGCAAUACAUUGGCUAUAUCUAUGAAGGGAUCUUCCUGGACGAUCCAAACCGCGAAAGAAUUUUCAUGGCCGACCUCAAAUCCUUCUUCCCAAUGGAGGAGGAGCAAACUACAUCUGGUCGCUACAAUGAUUCCAAGUUGCCUCGCAAUUGCGUGCGUACCUAUGCAUCCAAUAAUCUGCAUCAAAAGGAUGAGCCUGCGGAUGACAACCGUACUUCCAUCACAGGUAAAGAGUUCCUGAAGCUCGCCCGUCGCAUCUUUGCCGGUGACAGACUUGCUGAUGUACUGGCCUGCUUGAAAAGGGCUGUCGUCAUCGUCCUGGGCCAGCAUGCCAUGUAUCUUCGUCUGCCCAGCCAAGAUUCUAGAGCCACAGUGCAUCGCAUUAAGGUGGAUGACCUCUAUAAGGAUCUCUUGUCUGAGAAAGACAAGCCUUUAUAUUCCAAGUACACGUUAGGCAUCAUGGAGCAUGGGCCCGAAUGGCAGGAUGAGACUGCGCGUGAAGUGCGUGUGAUUUCAGCUGGCAUGGAGAAGUUUGCGGCCGGCAGGCCAGAAACCUACAUUGCAGCUGUAAAUGGAGAAAUCGAAGAACAGCUUAUAGCUCGUCUACUUCCACUUCGCCUUCCCAAUAAGGAAAUUGACUCGUCAUCAGACCAGGAAGACGUUUUACCAAGCCCUCCUGUCAUGGCGCCUAACCCGGGGGCACGUUGCAAUCGGCUGGGUCGAUUCAAAUUGCCCCCAGCCAAACAGUACAGUGGCAAAACUACUCAGAGGGGAGAGCCAUCCAAUAAGCCACCCAAUCCGGUUCCUCAGGCCGAGAGAGAAGAGCCACCCAAUCCGGGUCCGGAGCUUUCGCAUGAUUUAUCAGUGGAAGGGCAAGCCCAAAGUGCUCACAGUGCAGAGGAUGUUGAAAUGGAGGCAGCGCUCGAAGAACUCAUCGACAACAUGCCGCAUGAAGAUGAGGUGGAAGAAAAACCAUUCCAGCAUAGUCCGUUCCGACGAAAGAAGCCUGAUCCAAUCAUUUCUGCAUAG